CUCGUCUCUUCCCAACAACAGCUUUAACAAGAUUGGGUCUUGGGGCCAUGGGUCCAGCUCGUGCUAGACAGCGAUCAAGAUGGGGCUGUAAAAACUGCAAGCUUCGACGGGUGAAGUGCGACGAAAUCAAACCCAUGUGUCGGCAAUGCCAGGCUUACGGUGUCUCCUGUAGUUUUAGCUUUACUCAGACUAAAACGCAGCCCCUACAACCCGUCAUCGAGCAUGUUUUUGCUCCGCCCUCGCCCUCGAUUGGAUUAUCUUCUUGGCUUUGCCCGACCGAUCGGCUGAUGAACCAAUUCCAACUACAAAUCGCCCCGACCAUGAGCUAUGGCAAACGGCUGGAUGUAUAUCAAACUCAGGUGGUCGAACUGGCACAGAUGACACCAUUCCUCAAGCAUGCCAUCACGACGGUAGCUUAUAUGUACCAGCGUCACACAACAACACCCUUCCGAUUAACCCCCGACUGGGCGGAAUUCUAUCACUGGGAUCGAGCCCUGUUUGGCUUCAAUCGGAAACUGUCGCAGAGCCCUCAACCUGGUGACAAAGCCGCCUUGCUCAGCACGUCCAUGCUGUUGUGGCUACUAGUCUUCUGCCACGUCGAUGCGUCGAGUCCAGAAGAGGCUUGGCCGUUAUCCCCGAAUCUCGUCAGCGGUCCCACUUGGUUAAGGAUUGCGCGAGGGAAAGACGAAGUCUGGCGCCAGAUGCCCUCCGCUCCGCGAGACAGUAUCUCAGCAGCUCUAGCACCGGUGGAAAACAAUCCGAUCAUGAAUCGGCCUGCUCCACCCCCGGCGCCUCUUCAAGGGGUUCCCGCCUCGUUUCUGCGGCUCUUUGAUCUGGGCACGGGAAAACAGUCGUCGGACUCUGAAGCGGUAUACCGUAGCGUCGCCGUCAACGUUGCGUGGGCGCUGUUCGGUGAUCGACCUCCUUUGCUGACUAUCCUGAGCUUCGUCACAUUUCUCAGCACCAUGUCGUCCAACUUCAAGCUGCUGUUGCUCGCGAAAGAUCCUCGGGCAUUGUUGUUACUGGCCUGCUGGUAUGCGAAGAUUAGGGGACUGGGAGUGUGGUGGAUGACCCCACGCACAGUGCUGGAAGGGGAGUCAAUUUGUAGGUAUUUGGAGCAAGGCUAUCCCGAAGAUCCAGAUCUACAGAAGAUGAUAGUAUUUCUCUGGGCGCUUUGAGUCAAAGGACAACAACAAAUAAGAUCAAAAACAAAGACAUACAACGGAAGGGACUCGCUGGUGGUCAGCUACCCAACUACUAAAGUCCUGGCGUGUGACUUAUUUCCAGCUGAGCCGACGAAAAAGCCUUUUUCUACACCAUGUGGUGGUAUGUCCAAUAUUCUUUGACAUCAGUAGUGUGGUAAAGGGAGCUGCAGGAAUCCGAGUUCUUUAAGCGGUGAGUAUGCAGCACCCAGACAGCUUGCUUGAUAUAGUAGCACACGGCCGUGAACACUUUUUGGAGGGCUAAAUGGUGCAUUUGUCGUGACAUAGCCGGCAGACUUCGAAAGGAUUCAUAUAUUUGCACUUCACUGUGCUGAAGGAGAAUUACG